AUGUCUAUUGUGUACAAAAGUUUUGUUGACAGGUUAUGCCGUCAACGACAAAUUCCACCUGGAAGUAUUGCUAUAAAGAAUUCUCGCACGGUCCAUAUGAAACCUGGUUCAAAGAACCCACCACCACCACCUACUCAGAGAAAACAUCCACCACUAAUUCAGACAAGUAAAACACCACCACCGAUUCAAACACAUCCAACACCACCACCUUGGCAGCCUCCAUCAAAGACUCGGAAAAACCCAACACCGCCUCCUUCCCGUCCUACUUCAAUUACUCAGACAAACCCAACACCACCACCGAUUCAGACAAACCCAACACCACCACCGAUUCAGACAAACCCAACACCGCCUCCUUCCCAUCCUACUUCAACGACUCAGACAAACUCAACACCACCACCGAUUCAGACAAACCCAACACCGCCACCUACUGAUCAUCCUCAACCAUCAAUACCGACUUCUGAGGAAUUCAGAUUUAUUCCUACCCCGGGAUAUACUCAUCGUGUUUUGCAAAGUCCUCCCCAUCACACCACAGAAGAGGGCGUUGAAGAAGAGGGGGACCAAGCACUUUCUAAUGAGGAACAAGAAGAACAAGUAGAUGGGCAAAGACCGAAGAUCUAUAUUGUGGAAGAUACUGCGUUAAGUCCAGGUGAUCUUGUUGCCGAAAUGUGCAGAAAAGUUAUAGAAAAGCUUUACCGUGGUACUUUUUUUAAUUAUAGUGAGCUUAAACGCGAGAGAAGAGAAAAGGAGAGAAAGGAAUGGUUCAAUAUGUUUAAAUCGCUUGUAAGCUGGGACCGUUGCGAUGAUGCUAAAAUGGAAGACUUGUUUCAUAAAAGAUGUGCUGCACGACUGCGUGAUAUAUUGCAAAAGGCUAAAGAGAAGGCGUGCAAGCCGCCUUGGAUGGGCGUAGAUACAUGGGUGUUUCUUCUUGAGAAGUGGCAGACAAAAGAGUUCAAAGAUGUCUCCAAACAAAAUAAGACUAACCGAUCAUCAAGUAGAGGUGGGGCAGUCCAUACGUCUGGUCGUAAAGCUCACCAUGAUGUUGCACUUGAAUUGGCUAAAAAACUCAAGCGACCCGCACAUCCGGAUGAGCUCUUCAUUGCCACCCAUAAAAAGAAGAAUGGGGAGUGGGUUGACGAGCGUGCAGCGACAACACAUGAAACAUACGUAAGUAGUCUUACACAAGCCACACAAAAUGGUAACGAUGUAGAUGGCUCAACAAGAAUACAAAUGUGGAAAGAUGUUGCCGGAGGUAAAACACGGGGGCGGUGUUAUGGAGUUGCACAAUUGGCGCACAACGUAAGAUAUGGAGUGAGCUUCUUAACACAAGUGUCAAUUACAAACCCCAAUAGAGAAGCAGAUAACCAAGCCAUUGAGGCUGCCAGAGCUGAAGCUGCUGCUGCACGUGAAGAGGCUGCACGAGCUAAUGCGCGGACAGAUGAGUUGGCAAAGCAAUUUGAAGAUCUUAGGAAAAUGUUUGAUAUGUUUCAGUCUCGUCAGACGGGUUCUUCUAGUGCUCCUUCGAGUGUACAUGUUCAUUAUAACUACUCGGAGGAUGAGGAGGAGGAUGAAGAUGUUGCUGCUGAUGAUCAUGAUCAGUAG